UUUUCGCUGCUGUUCUGCCAGCAGUCCUUUGCUGCCCUGAUGAAGAUCUUAUCGAUGCCCCCAGACAGCCUUCUCCAUUUUCCAUAGCAAAGCAAGCCAUGCGUUGGCUGCCUCUGGUGCUAUGCAUUCUGGCUCAUCUGCAGUCUGCAGAAGGCAUCGACCGCUCAAAGCGCGAGGAGGCCCUUCAUCCCAUCAGGCGUCAAAGACACCAUGGAGGCCGCUUGCGAGUUGAAGUUGAUGCUUUCGGAGAAGAGAGGCUCAGGCCCAGCUUCAUGGACGAUGAAGCUGAAGGUGAAGAGGUCUCGGUGGACUCGGCAGCGCCCCGGGAGGGGAUCGGUGAGGAGGGGAUGGACGUGGGCCCACUGGAUGAAAGUAAACCAGUGACCUGCAAGAAAGAAGAGACCGAAGAAGGCGGCGAGCUGAAGACGGUGUGCACACAAGGGGGUGAAGUGGUGAAGCCCUGGAAGUGCGAGGAAGGCCAAAGCAUUUGCUGUAAUCCUCGCAUGAAGGAGUCCUACUACCUGAGAUGUGUUGCGCGUGAGUGCUGGAAAGUGAAAUCCGACACUUGGUGGAGGUACUCGUACGGGUCAGAAUUGGGCUUGGGUCACAAUUGCAACUUGCGGAUGUACCUCACGAAUUGCCAAACCCAAAGACCUGGAAACAGCCAAGGCUUUGUGGCAGGCACGAGCUGGACGGUGAGGACGCUGUACCGCAACGUGGAACAGAAGGCAUUAGUGAUCAUGAUGGCCUUGCUUGGCACGCUGAACCUGGAGGGAGAUCAAAAUCUGACGGACAACUCCACAGCGCGUGAAGAGCCUGGAGCUCAGGAGAAGUGGAUGAAAGCCACCUGCACUGAGGCCGUGUACCUGGUGCUGAUCAUGCCAUUCGCCGGGCUCAGUUUGGCACUGAUCUAUGAGCAAAUGAAAAAGGCUUCGCAGUCACUCUUUGGCAAAAAAGAUGUUCGAACGGACGAGAUGAGCAAAGAGAUGCGAGAGGAGUGGAUGCAGGAUGCGCAAAACCAGCAGAAAAUGAAGUUGAACGAGUACCUGACGGACAAAGAGCAAGAUGGUCUAGGUGGCAUUCUGCAAAUGGUAGUGACAGAGGUAGCAGGGAUGAGCAGUGCGAAAUGGGUCACCACCCAGUGCAUGAGCUUGUCCUUGUACCACUUCAUCGUCACAGAACCCGUAGAGAGCAAUGUCUGCGUGUUGGGAAAAACGGGUCGUUUGAUGUAUCUGAUGCGAAAGCCGUUGAACCCAUCCUCAGAGUCAGCGCGGCUGCUGAGCAGCGCUGGGAUGAUGAUCAUUCUGCUGACUGCUGUAGCGUUGGUCUACUUCCGCAGCAUCGAACGGAUGCUGUACCUGGCCAUGAACUUCCCCUCGCCCGGGGUGGAAGCGCGCUUGAUGCUGGUGAAGCCGAAACUGGGUCAGAAUCUGGUGCUCAGGAUUGCAGUUCUCAUCGACGGCAAGGUCCAUUUGUACACAUUCCUUGUUGCUGCUGUCCUAUGGUUGUUCAACCUGGUAUUUUUCAAGGCCACCAUCAAAUCCUGGGGCCAUUCAGACGCCAAGAACUACUACGAAUCCGACAACGCGUGCUGCGCCCAGUACUUCCGCAGCGGCACGAAGUCCUCUCCCUUCGCGAAGCCACGGCGAGUGGGGGGCAUGCGGAUUUUCUUCGGACCCUAUCCGAUGUCGAAUCUCUUCUGGGAACUUGGUGCCAACUGGAAUUUCCUUCGUUGCCUUGAACCCUUGGCUCGACUGCCUUUGGAAUACGACAACGGAGGCUAUCCCUCUGGCGGAGGUAGCCCAUCGGGACCAGAUGACACAGCUGGCUUUCUGCAGCUAGUGCUGGGUUUGAUGAACAGCUUCUUGGGUACUCUGGGACUGUUUUUCUUCGGCGUGAACAUUUACAAUCUGCUGAUCAACAUCCAGAACUGUCCCACCAGCACGGCUCUGGCCCCAUGCAUCGUCCAGGGCACUUGUGCUCACGUGGCUCGGGCGCCGUGGUUUGCGCAUUACAUUGUGUCCAACAAGCUAAUGCUCGCAGAGGAUUUGGCCAAAGAAGCCAUCAAAGCAGAUAUUCCAAUCAAGGAAAUAGCAAAAUGGCUGGGGGUUGAAACGGUGGGUGCGGCCAAGCAGAUCAUCAUGGAAGUUGCUGAGACCUCCUGCAAUGAUAUGUAUGCCGAGCUCAUCACUGGACCCAACGACACGGUGCACGGCAUGGCCUCGGACUGGCUCGGCAAGCGCCAUGCGGAGUAUUACCUAGAGCAGGUUGAGAAUCGAAACCUCAACAUCACGUGGCAGGCCAAGAUGUAUAGCUGCCACGGCUGCGUGCGGUGUAUGACCCUGCACUACUUCACCGACAUCCAGAAUGUGGUGGAGCUCAUUGAGAUCUUCCUGUUGAUUAUCGCCAGCUACAUGAGCGCCUUGUUAGCCCAGAUGAUGGGUAACCAGCUGGAGAACUGUCCCAUGAUCGACGUGACCUUCGAGGCCGAUCCCACGCAGAAACAAACCGUGGAUUUGCACGAAACCGAGAAGAGCUGCUUGGGGAUGAUCGCACGGACCUUCUUUUUCCGCUACCAUUACUAUGGGGUGCCCAAGCACAUGGAGUACCUGGAAGAGGGCCUGCGGAAGGAAGAAAAGAAGGGCAACCGCGAUACCAAGAAAUUGUCCGAUCCCUUUCAGAUCGUGGAGAAUGCGAAAACCUGGGAUGACUACAACCUCUUUGAUGCAACCGCGGUGCGUCGCUUCAACGUCCAUCGUGAGCUCUUGGGGCUCUUGGAAGGUGAAGAGGUGUUGAGUGCCUGGACAGUGCCACCACGCUUGACCAGACGGCAGAAGCUGGCCAUCGCCUUUGGGGUGCUGUUCUUCAUUGUGGGGCCCAUCAUCACCGCGCUGCGCAAGAGGAAGGCCUCCUGCGGAGCGGAGGCAUUGCUGGGGAUGGUGUUGUGCUGGAAAUAUGUGGACUUCUUCGUGCUGAAGCGUCGCCCACAAGCGGGGCUGGUUCUCAGCACACGAAGGGUCUUUCAGGUCACCAAGACGCCGCGCUAUUUGGGCCUCAUGGGGUACUCGGAGCCCCUGAUCAAGAUGGACGUUUUGGUGCACAAUUGCAGCAUUUUUUAUGCACAACUGCAGAUGGAAACGGCUGUGUUGGCCAAAGUCUUUGGCCUCCCUUUGAGCCGUUGCGGACAGGUCAUUGCCCAGAGCCCCACCGGCAUCUUCAAGAUGUGGCGGGAGCUGGGUGAUACUUACAACCUGCUGAACUACGUGUCUCAGGCGAUUCGUUGGGGUGUCAACGAAACAGGCCUGCUACCUGACCCCGUUGGCAUCGUUGAAUCCGAAGAAGCCUGGUUUAUCCUGGUUUGGUCUGCCACGCCCUCUGCCAAUUUCCAAGACUUUGAUGAUCACAUUCUUGGUUUCCUCAACAAGAUGGGCAAAGUGCUCAUGUACAACGAAAAGGUGGCGGGCGAGCAGGACAUACCACGCUGGGGCCGGGGCAUGUCAGAGCAAUGA